GAACUUUUCUCUCCAGGCGGCACCUUCACCUUGAGUACUCAGUGAGUGCGGUGACACCGCCUUAGUCCGACCGACGGCCGUGUUUGCUCACUCUUCAAUUUGACUCCACGCCGGACACGUUUCCAAGCACUCGCUUCACCAUCUUCAGUCUCUAGUACCUCCACUCUCUCGCCACGAUGGCCAUUUCCGACCAAGUCCGCAGUCAACUGUUCCAGUCGCCUCAGAGCUCCAGCACCGACAACAAAAUGCAGGCGAUCCGAAUCCCCACGACGCGUGGCGGCGCCACUCACGGCGGCCUUGUGCCUCGCUCUCCCGGCUCUGGCCGCGGUCUCUGGACGCCAGAGGAGCAUCUACGAUUUCUCGAGGCGCUGGACAAGUUCCCAUCGGGCCCAUGGAAAUGCAUCGCCGAGUACGUAGGCAACAAGACUGCGAGGCAGGCCAUGACUCACGGUCAGAAAUAUCGUCAGAAAAUCGCUCGCCGCCGUCGCGGACUCAAGAAGAUCGUGCGAGAUCUUCAGUUCGCAGCCGUCGAAGCGCAAGAAGACGAGCAUGAAUCAGGAGACGAAUACAUCGAUGCGCGGCUUAGCGUCGAGUCCAACCCCAUGGCGCUGUCUGAUCAGGACUUUGCUACUUUUGUUGCCAGUCUGGACCUUGCGGAGGAACUGCAACUCGACGCCUUAAAUGCAUCACCGCUGGUCGUGUCCAAUACUGCGACGCUCGACCAAGUAAUACCCAGUUUCUCAUUGGAAGUAGAUGUCGCAGUGUCCCCAACGUCCGAGACUAUCGACUGCAACCUCCCUCUGACGACGACGCAGCAAGAUGUGCACCACUGGGUCGUCAUGGAUCGCGCGGACGCAUCGUCUGAGGAAUUCUCAGCCGCGUUGGCCGAGGCCUUCCAGUCUGGCUGCGAGGAAGCCGAGGCGUACGCGUUUGCGAAAGCUUUGCCACUUCCAGAGCAACUGCUGGACGAAUAUGUCCAGGAGCAGAUAAACAUUGAACCGGUAAUCACAAUGGACCCGACGCUCGACGGCCUGGAUGGCUUCGAGUUUGACACGUUUGAGCUGCGGUAG